CCAACCGUUGAAAACCCAACCCAGUGAUCAAACCGGCCGUUCCCUCAGUCAGAGGGAAAAGUUGACAAAAAAAAAAAACUACUCCCCACCGGCCCACUCAAUACCCAUCAGACAGAUCUCUGUACACUCGGAAUUUCAACGACGACAGAAAAAGCGGCAAUGUCGAGCCCGAGAGCAGCACGGGCAGCAGCAGGCCAAGACUCGUGGGACUGCACGCUCCCGGGGCCACCGAACCGCAACAACUUCGGAUCGGCGGACCUGAGCUCCUCGGGCCUCCUGGCUUUCGCCUCCGGCAGCUCAAUUUCGGUCGUCGACUCCCGCUCUCUCCAGCUCAUCUCCACUCUUCCCCUCCCCUCUCCCAGCCCCUCUAACUCCAAUUCUCUCUCGCCAUUCGUCACCUCCGUCCGCUGGACUCCUCUCCCCCCCCGCCGCGACCUCCUCUCCACCGAGCCCUCCUCGUCCCAUCUCCUCCUUGCCGCCGCCGACCGCCAGGGACGCAUCUCCCUCUUAGACUUUCGCGCCCGAUCCCCCCUUCUCUGGUUUGAGACCGACUCCGCAUCGAAACCCGGCGUCCAGGACCUCUGCUGGGUCCAGGCCCGGCCAGACUCCUGCCUCCUCGCAGCCAUCAACGGGCCCUCCACUCUCUCCCUCUACAGCACCUCCUCCGCCCGCUGCGUCUUCCAAUACGACGCCGCGCCCGAGUUGCUCUCCUGCCUCCGCCGCGACCCCUUCGACUCCCGCCACUUCUGCGUACUCGGCCUCAAGGGCUUCCUCUUGUCCGUCAAGGUGCUGGGCGAGACCGAGGACGAUAUCGUCCUCAAGGAGCUUCAGAUCCCCACCGACUACGCCGAAUUGCAGAGACUGGAGAGAGAUGCCGCCGCCGCCUCCUCCACGGGCUCCAAUUCCUCGUCCCCCGCCUCAGCGCUUUUCCCGCUUUACAUGGUGAGGGUCGCGUUCUCGCCGCUGUGGAGGCACAUUGUGUACGUGACGUUCCCGAGGGAAUUAGUGGUGUUUGAUUUGCAGUACGAGACGGUGCUCUUCAGCACCGCGCUGCCUCGUGGCUGCGGCAAGUUUCUCGACGUGUUGCCAGAUCCGAAUAAGGAGUUGCUUUAUUGCGUUCACCUCGAUGGGAAACUCAGCACUUGGCGACGCAAAGAAGGAGAGCAGGUGCACAUAAUGUGCUCAAUGGAAGAGUUGAUUCCCUCAAUUGGCACAUCUGUCCCUUCUCCUUCAAUUCUUGCUGCCACCAUCUGCCAAUCAGAUUCUACCUUCCAAAAUGUUGGCAAGCUCUUUUCUGAUGUACCUAAUUCUCCUUCCCCGGAUGUGGAUUUUGAAACUCCUUUUGAUUUUUGUGAUGAACCUCUUCUUGUUUCUAAGACACAUUUAAUCUCCAUUUCUGAUGAUGGAAAAAUAUGGAACUGGCUCUUGACUGCUGAAGGAGCUGAAAGCAUUCAGAAGGAUGAUACAAACUUGGCCUUGGUUGCUGAUGUCAGGGAAGUGCCAGUUCCAGGGAUCGAUGCUAAUGUCGGUAAGCAGCCAGAGAAUAUGGGUGGUGGCAGAAGCCGCCCAUCAAGCUCUACCUCCAGCCUGGCAGAUAUGUCAUUUAAGAUUAGCUUAGUUGGACAGCUUCAACUUCUUUCUUCAACAGUGACCAUGCUGGCUGUACCAUCGCCUUCUUUAACAGCUACUUUGGCCCGUGGAGGAAACUAUCCUUCUGUAGCUGUUCCACUGGUUGCUCUGGGAACUCAAAGUGGGAUAAUUGAUGUCGUUGAUGUUUCAGCUAAUGCUGUUACUGCAAGUUUUUCUGUGCAUAAUGGAACAGUUAGAGGACUAAGGUGGCUUGGGAAUUCUAGAUUGGUCUCAUUUUCUUACUCUCAGGUAAAUGAAAAAUCUGGAGGCUACAUCAAUAGGCUUGUAGUGACCUGUCUUAGAAGUGGUCUUAACAAAACGUUUCGGGUUUUACAAAAACCAGAACGUGCGCCUAUAAGAGCUUUAAGGGCUUCUUCAUCUGGAAGGUAUCUUCUAAUUUUGUUUCGUGAUGCACCUGUAGAGGUUUGGGCAAUGACGAAAACUCCCAUUAUGCUUAGAUCAUUAGCUCUUCCAUUUACGGUAUUGGAAUGGACUCUUCCAUCAGUUCCGCGGCCUGUUCAAAAUGGGCCUUCUACACAAUCAUCAUUAUUGUCUGGAGAUCGUACAGCUGUGGCAUCAGAUGGGGCAUCUAUGCCGUCAAUGACAUCAUCUUCGGAUUCUAAGGCAAUGAGCUCCGAUGGAUCUCAAGAUGACACAUCCGAAAGUUUUGCAUUUGCUCUUGUAAAUGGUGCACUUGGAGUUUUUGAGGUUCAUGGGCGAAGGAUUCGAGAUUUCAGACCAAAAUGGCCUUCUUCCUCCUUUGUAUCAUCUGAUGGAUUGAUUACAGCCAUGGCCUACCGCUUGCCUCAUGUGGUUAUGGGGGACAGGUCAGGGAACAUACGGUGGUGGGAUGUAACAACUGGAUAUUCUUCCUCAUUUAACACUCAUAGAGAUGGAAUCCGGCGGAUAAAAUUCUCACCUGUUGUUGCUGGAGACCGUAGCCGAGGGCGUAUUGCUGUACUAUUUUAUGAUAACACAUUUUCUGUAUUUGAUCUUGAUUCACAGGACCCAUUAGCCAAUUCUCUUUUACAACCUCAAUUUCCGGGGACCCUUGUACUGGAGCUUGACUGGUUGCCUUCGCGAACCGAUAAAAAUGACCCUUUGGUAUUGUGCAUUGCUGGAGCUGAUAGUAGCUUUCGCCUUGUUGAGGUUAAUAUAAAUGACAAAAAAAUUGUCUAUGGACCCCAGUCGAGAAAUAUUAAAGAGAGAUUCCGGCCAAUGCCUAUAUGUUCUCCUAUUCUACUUCCUACACCACAUGCCCUGGCACUGCGAAUGAUUUUGCAAUUGGGUGUAAAGCCCUCAUGGUUUAAUACUUGCAGUACAACUAUAGAGAAAAGGCCUCACCUAAUUCCUGGAACUGCUUCAUACACCGGAGAUCUUCGCAGUUACAUGAUUGAGUUACCACCUGUUGGUGACUCUGUGGUGCCAGAGAUGCUCCUAAAAGUAUUAGAACCUUAUCGAAAAGAAGGCUGCAUACUUGAUGAUGAGAGGGCAAAAUUAUAUGCUAAGGUGGUAAAUGAGGGUUGUGCUGCAAGGUUUGCCUUUGCAGCUGCGAUUUUUGGUGAAUCUUCUGAAGCACUUUUCUGGCUACAGUUGCCUCAUGCUCUCAAAUAUUUGAUAAAUAAGUUAGUAAACAAGUCUGCACAAAAAGCCCAUGUAGCAGCAUCAAAUUCAGAACUUGAUGACACGGCUAUGCUGAAGAGGAUAACAUCAAAGGAGAGAUCGAUGCCAGGCACAGGGAAGAAGGAUGCACUUAGUCAGGGUCAACUUAGGUUGAUGGCGUUUGAGCAAGAAGAGCUGUGGGAAACUGCUAAUGAGCGUUUGCCAUGGCAUGAGAAAUUAGAGGGAGAAGAGGCUAUUCAGAAUCGUGUACAUGAGCUUGUCUCAGUUGGAAACUUGGAAGCUGCAGUUAGUUUAUUGCUUUCCACUCCGCCAGAGAGUUCUUACUUCUAUGCAAAUGCUCUACGUGCAGUUGCUCUUUCUUCUGCUGUGUCAAGGUCUCUUCUUGAACUUGCUGUUAAGGUUGUUGCAGCCAACAUGGUCAGGACUGAUAGGUCACUAUCGGGCACUCAUCUUCUCUGUGCUGUUGGAAGGUAUCAGGAAGCUUGUUCUCAGCUACAAGAUGCUGGAUGCUGGACAGAUGCUGCAACUUUAGCUGCUACACAUUUGAAGGGGUCUGAUUAUUCAAGGAUGUUACAAAGGUGGGCUGAGCACGUUCUUCACGCAGAACACAACAUUUGGCGGGCUUUGAUUUUGUAUGUAGCAGCUGGUGCGCUUCAAGAGGUAUUGGUAGCGCUUCGUGAGGCACAGCAACCAGACACGGCCGCCAUGUUCAUCCUCGCUUGUCAUGAAAUCCAUGCAGAAAUAACUGCUGAUUUAGGAGAUUCAGACGAUGAAACAAGUUCUUUGACAAAGGAUAAGCUGCACAACUUACCUGGCUUGGACCCAGAGAAUGAAGACGUUAUAGCAGUAAGUGAAUUUUAUGGGCAAUACCAGAGAAAAUUGGUGCACCUGUGCAUGGACUCUCAACCAUUCUCUGACUGAAAGGACUUGGCGUCAUCCUAUACCUCCAAGUUUCUCAUUCUUACAAGUAUGUUUACCGAGAAGACUAGCGAAUGUGCUACCUGCCGGAUUCACUAUCGAAAACAUUACUCGGUACAAUAAUAGGCAGUUGGUGGCGGAUGAUCUUGAGCAACUUGAGAGGGGAUUCGCCAGCCAGUGUAUUAAGUUAAAAAUUGAACCGACUGGCUUCUGGGAAAGUUGUUUUUUUGUAGAAAGUGUUACAGGAAGGUUGAUUACAGAGUUGUAAAAGUAAUGUAGAAAAUUUUGUCAGCAAAGAAUCUUCAUAUUCAGUAUAUGGGCGGUAGGAAUGCUUAGUGAUAUCACUUUUUCACAGGAAAAAAAAAAAAAAUCGGUGUUAUUCCUUGAUUUUGUACAAGACGACAUUAAAUAUUUUAGGUGUAUCAUUUUAUUUAUUUAUUUAUUAUUAUUUUUUACGGAAAACUUAAAUGAUA